CGUGUUUGUGGCGUCCCGACUCGCCGGGAUCGAUUGACCCAUCAUCGGUCGGGAGUUCCGUUCGACGAUACCACGGUCGCUGCGCCUGGACGGUCUGAGUGCGUCGCAUCCAGAAAAAGCGGGGAAAGCCAAUAAAAAAAGGAGAGAAGAAAAAGACUAUCGCGACCAUGAGCCCGUACAUGAGCCCCAACCCGUUGUGGUCGCGGGACCUGGGGAGCGAGUUGCAGGCCGCCCCCGAGACCUUAUCCAGCUGGGACAACUGCAUGGCCAAAUCCUACUGCAAAUGGCCCGUCAUCGCCGCCAUCAUCGUCGGCUCCGUCAUUGUCAUCGCCAUCCUGGCCUGCGUCAUCAAUUGCCUCUGCUGUGGCAUCCAGUGCUGCCGCUGUUGCGGCUGCUGUUCCUGUUGCUGCCCCAAACCGCGGAAUAAGAAAGCCAAAUACAUGGACGACCCCUACGAUCCUUCCUUCAAUCAACCCCCGCCGCCCAUGCCCGCCCCGUCUGGCAACGUCUAUGCGCCCUCCCCCGCGCCGCCGGUCUACCGCGGCACCGCCGUCGCCCGCUUCGACUCUCCCGCCAGCUCCGCCCCGCCCUCCAAGGCGAACGAGGAUUCCCUGCCCGCCAUGCCCACCUGGGACAGCGCCGUGUCUCGCCGCGUGGGAAAUGACCACGACGCCGUCGAGAUGGAGCCCCUGAACCUCGCCAACCAGGAACCGCGGCGCACGCCCUCCGCGAGCCAGCGCCCCCUAGCACCGGGCUACAUGGGCCCCGCCCCGAUGCGCACGGGGACACCGGGGACCCCGUCUAGUUUCUACCCCGAGUCGCGGGCCUACGACGAGCAGAGCAUGUACCGCACACGCUCCCCCGCCCCCAUGGGCGCAGGCCCCAUGGCGACGGGCCCCAUCUCCCCCUACGACCAGUCCCACCACGACUACCCCGGCGGACAUCCCUUCCAGACGAUGUCGCCCGCACCCCCGACCAUGUCCCCCGCGCCGCCAUCCAUGUCCCCCGCCCCGAUGGGCUACGCGCAACCACAGUACAUGGCCCUGGGCCCAUCCGCCUCCCCCGCGCCCGACGGACCCCGUCCCAUCCCCUACCGCCAGCCAUCCCCCGGCCUCAACGCCCUCGGCGGACCCGUCCCCUACCGCCAACCCUCCCCAGGCUUCAACCAAGCGCCGCUCGGCUCCCCCGCCCCCAACGUCAACGAGCAAUACCAAGCCAUGCCCAUGCACAUGCCCUACCGACAACCCUCGCCCGGCAUCGGCAUGGCCAUCGGCCACCGCACCGACAGCCCCCGUCCCAUCCCCUUCCGCCAACCCUCCCCGGCCAUCAACCAGAUGCCGUACGCGCGCGAAAUGUCCCCCAGCAUCCCAUCCUCUCCGCCCCCGCCCUUCUCGGCCGUGCCGGGCCCCAACGAAACCACCAGCCAGAAUAACCCGGGCAGGCCCCCGAGUUUACUCCAGAGCGGGCGUAAACCCGCCCCUAACUCGUACAAAGAUCUUUAACUUGGGGGUGUUUAGCUGGGGGCAGAUUUGAACAUGAACUAUGGCUUUCUUAGGAUUUAUUUUAUUUCUUACUUUCUUUUCUUUCAUUCUUUUAUCUAUAUAUAUAUUUUUUUUUUUUUGAAUUUUUUGAUAUAAUUCCCUUUUUUCAACGACGGCAAGACUCGAUUUCAAUUUUUCCCCCAUCUUUCUCAUGUUACAUAUUACUUCUCUAUACUUUUACUUUUAUCCUUGAGAAGGGUCAUAUAUGUCCCUCGUUACAUACCUACAUACCUAUAUCUAUCUAU